CCACAAACAUUAAAUCACGCGCCACAAUCCCAAUCUUCACCCUACAUUUUCCCUCACACUAACAAGUAACACCACCGUAAAUAACACGCUUCUUUCCUUAGAACCACCGUUGCCGGCGGCCGGAAUAACAAUUUCCCACCAUGGCUAUGGCUUUCAAGAUGGCGACGACGGGGAUGUGGGUGGCGGAUGAAUGCAAGAAUUCAUUCAUGGAAAUGAAAUGGAAGAAAGUUCAUCGGUAUAUAGUGUUUAAAAUCGACGAGAAAUCGAAGCUGGUGACCGUCGAUAAAGUUGGCGCAGCCGGAGAAGGGUACUCCGAUCUCACCGCCUCUCUACCGGAUGAUGACUGCCGUUACGCCGUCUUUGAUUUUGAUUUUGUCACCGUCGAUAAUUGCCGGAAAAGCAAGAUUUUCUUUAUUGCAUGGGCUCCUAGUGCAUCAAAAAUAAGGGCAAAAAUGUUAUAUGCAACAUCCAAAGAUGGCUUAAGAAGAGUGUUGGAUGGCAUUCACUAUGAAGUUCAAGCAACUGAUCCAACUGAGAUGGGGUUUGAUAUCAUCCAAGAUAGAGCCAAAUAACAUCAAUCAAACCAACACCAUGCCCCACCCCUACCCACCCACCCUCCCACCAUACCCCACCCCUACCUUCCCCUCAUAAUUUAUAUUGUCUAAUAAUCAAUCACCCCUACGAAUAUCAUCAUGUUUUUGGCAUCUUUUAUAUGGGUCGAGGUCCUUUUUUUGGUCCCAACAUGAUUACUUGUUGAAACAAUCAAUGCUAUUAUGACUUGUACUUGGUACAUUAAAACUUACGAUUACUUCUAAUUUGAUCAUCGUGACCGACUUAACCUUAUGUCGCGACCUACUUAACCUUA